ACACUGGGUGGCUUGAUGCCCAGGCUAUAUUCCUUAUCCCCUCGCUAAUCCCUGGCUUUUAGACUAGAGCUUUAAGCGCGUCUAGGCUUUUGGCUACACACUGCCCAGCUUUGUCUCUCGAGAGCAGCGCUUCCAUCCCCAUCGCGCUUCCGGGAAGGAUGGGAUUGUGAGGAGUCGCGGCCAUCCGGCAUGGAAUCGCUGCCGCCGGCGCCAGCUCCCUGGAGCUCCAGCAGCGCCAGCAGCGCCAGCGCCAGCAGCACGGCGAUUCUGGGGUUUUGGUGACGGCGGAUCCGGGGGGGCGAGGGGCUUCGCCGGGCCGUGGCUGCUGGCGCUGGUCUCGGGAGGAAUUCGUGGGGUUUAGGGUGCGCAGAUCCGAAAUUCUGGACGAGCUCUCGACCAGGUAUCGUCCAAUCUCUUAGCAAGAACUAGGUGUGGUGUAGAGGCAAGGGAGAAACGUGGAGAUCGAUAGAGCGGGCACCGCAGCACGCGAGAAUUCUAUGCGCCAGAAGAGGAGGUAGCGUGGAUUAUCUUCGCGUUUCGUCUUCCUGGGGGGCAUGGAUUUCGAUGGGACCGUGGAUGGGGAAGCUAAAGAGGUGGUGACAGUGCCAGUGAGGCAAGACGACGAUGGAUCUAGCGGCGACUAUGGUGAAGUGGAAGUCGACGGUGGUGGUGCUGGUGGUGGCUCCGGGCAGCAGCCGCAAGCAUUAGAAGUUGUCACUACUGUGAAGACCGAGGCAGGGGUGGACACCAAAGAGAAAACUCUCCUGACUUACAGGAGAAGAUCUUCUUCCUCAGCUCCUUCCACGGCGGCGACCACUCCGCCACCACUUGUCACUCCCAAGCUCGAGGAAAACACUCGUCCUGUUCGUGCCAACCGGGGAAUCAAGCGGCGGUAUCCCGGAGAUGAGUCAGACGAUACCGAAUCAACUCGCAAGCCCGCUCGUGUCCGGAGCAUGACAGAGGUUUUUGCCGAAAGUGCGAAGUAUUCUUCUCAAAAUGGUAAAGUUGUAGAGGUCGGGCAGAGAGUUCCAAGACGCAUGCGUCCGAAGAAAAGAGGCAGGCCUUCGAGAGCAAACGGCGGCAGGAAAGGUUUGAGUGGAAUGAAUUCCAGUGAGAACUCUGAUCAGCCACGCCAAGGGAAUUUGUAUGUGUGCAAGCACGAAGGCUGUGACAAAGUUUUCAGUGAACCUGGUGGACUGUACCGGCAUGCCCGAGUACACGGUGACAGGCCAUAUGUUUGUCACUACGAAGGCUGCAACAGGAGAUUCUUGGAAAGAUCCAAGUUAAAGCGACAUUAUCUUAUUCAUACUGGCGAGAAGUCAUUUGUUUGCCUGCACGAAGGCUGCGGAAAGGCAUUUUCUCUAGAUUUUAACUUGCGCUCUCACAUGAAGACGCACACCGGCGAGUACCACGAGUGCCCGCACGAAGGCUGCGAGAAGAAAUACUGCCAGAACUACAAGCUCCGGGCUCAUAUGUGCAAGGACCACAACAUGGUCGACGGCGACGUGCUCAUGGACGCGCUCAAGGAUCUCACUCCGGAGAUGAAGGCGGCCAAGAAGCAGGAGAAGCUCCAGAUGCUACUGACGAGAAGGGAGAGGCUGGACGACUGGCGCGAGGGGCGGAAGAAGCGGAUCCAGGAGCUGGAGGUGGAGCUAGAGCGGGAAACCAAGGAGCUGGGCAAGAUCGAGCGGGCGAUGAAGAAGCUGGAGCGGGAGAAGGACCUGCUGGAGGUGGACGACGAGUCGGAGCUAUCAUCGUCAGACGACUCGAUCGAGCCGGACAUCGAGCAGGCGAGCUGCGAGGACAGGGAGGUGCUGGUGUUCGCGCAGAAGCUCCCAACGGCGGACCACGGCGCGAGGCUCGUGCAGGCCGACCCCAGGAUGAUCCAGCACUCGAGCGAGAUGGUGGCGCUCAGGCCCAGCGGAUUGCUACCGCCGGAGAGCUCCAUCACCGAGGAGAAGAUCAAGAAGGCGGACGCGAUCGCGAGCAGCGCGAGUACCUGGCAGAAUCACGCGCUCCAGAGCCAGGGGCAGAAUCAAAGCGGCGAUGGAGCAGCGGUGUGGUCAUCGUCGUCGUCGUCCUCGCACAAGAUGAUCUUGCUGCAGCAAUCGGAGCUCCCAGUGACGCAUUUGUUCGCGUUCCAAGAACAGCCCUGCUUGGUGGACUAAAACCCCGCCAAGGAAGAACACUCUUGCUAUAAACCCUAAACCCUGAAUCCUAGGGCACAAGGAAGCUUUCCUAGAAA